UCCAGAGCGCUGCAUUCUUGAAAGCAUCGAUCACUGCACUCGGCAGUAACACUUUUUUUGUUGUGAUCCAAGGCUUGAUUGUUUUCACGUUGUCCCUGAAGUGAAGAGCAGGCAUCUCAAUGCAAAGCCUCUACAAAUAACCUAGCUUGGCCAGUCUGCUGCUGUCCCCUGGAUUUAGCUAACGCGCGUGAUAUGAUCCGGAGUUCACCUAUGAAGUAACGUAAGUCGUUGCUCGAUCUGGACACGCUACGCUGCACUACGUUUCCUCCUGGGAGAUUUGCAGACUGCUUUUAAAGGCCGGGCAGCUACCCAUCAGUUCACGCUUACCCCGGGGCACACACUCUCUCUCUUUGUGAGCAUUCAGUUAAUCUAUUUUGGAGUGAUAGCUGUUCGCCAUGUCCCAAGCUUAUAACCCAUUCAACCACAGCAAGUUUGUGUCUAAUUAUCAACCCUGGAUCUACGACUUGGACGGAUCUGGACUGCGAGUGGCCCUUCAGCAGCGGGGAGCUUUUACCGCUGCCAAUGUGAAAGAACUGCAACGCCGUCAAGGAAAGGCAGAGCAUAACCAAGAAAUGCUCAACAUUCUAACGCCAGGUGGUGUUAAGGCUUACACAGUCCUGUGUGAUGCAAUUGAAAGCAUGAGUUCCUUUUACAAAUCAGAUUGCGACGGCAUGAGGCAGCUUCUAGCUGAGCCAGCACCCGACGCAACAACGCUACCUCCAUCCACUGGAGUUGCAGCCUCGCCGCCUACCUCUGUUCACGCUCCUGCACCAGUAACGGCUACGCCAGCAGAAGCGCCAGCAGCAGCAACAGUAGCAGCAGCAGCGGCAGUGCCGGGAACAUUGGUCCCCACAGCUAAUCUUCACGUGGACAGUCCACUAGGCGAGAUGAUAGGUUCGAAACGUGUUGCAGAUAUCGAAGACCAAAGAGGAUUUGUUCAGGUUCUUGAACCUUUUUUCAGCAAAAAUGAGAAAAUAAAUGCCGGGCGGAAUGCAGUCAAACGGGUCAACGCGAGAUCGAUGAACAAUUCUUGUAACGUGCUGGACAACUUUCACGAUCGCCACAAAGGUCACAUCGAUGGCAUUUCGGCGGGUUACGGGCAAACCAACAUGAUGUGCAUCAUUUACUACCUGAUGGUCAACCAGCGGGAGAUGACCAUACACGACUUGUAUGUGUUGCUCAAAGAAUGCGCAAGGCAGAACACGACCUUAAUAGAAACAGCCUUGAGGGAGGCUGCAUACAACUGAGCGGUGUUAUGUCGUUGCUAUAACAACCGCCUAGGACCAGCACUGGAGAAGCAUGUGUAGCGUAUUGCCUUGCUGUCUUCUGUUGCAUGCUCUUCAGGGCAUGCUAAAUUGCUUCAUACCGGCAUCUGCCGGCCUAAGUCUAUUAUCCGAAUCCUUUUCUCUAGGUUAAGACUCCUUGCCGGUAUGCAGAGCAUUCCGCCAUCGUGUUAAAUUAUGACGUGCAUUUUGCUGUACAUAUUUGGGGCGCUCUCUUCCUCCUUUGCCAGCCAUAUUAUAUCCCGCUGUUUUCUGAUGAUCGCUUUAAUAGUGCGUGAAACUCAGAGUUAAAACAGUUUCUCUGUCCUGUUAAUGUUUGAGCCAGCUCUGCCUCUCGGUAUUGAGCACUCUCUUGGAAAGCCUGGAACCUCUCUGUUUUUACAUCGGCUUUACUAUAACUUUAUGUCCUCAUUCGGGCGUGUACACUCAUACCUAGGUUAUCUGGAACCCGAAGUUACGGGCACUUCGGUCUACUGGG